AUGUUUAAGCUAGUGGUUUUAUCUGUUGCGGUUGCCUUAGUAGCAGCCGAGCCUAGUGUCAUCGCUCCUCUGUGGGGUGGACACUUAGCCGCUCCUCUGGUUGCAGGUCCCCUGGCCGCUGGGCUCGUAGCUCCAGUUGGUGCCGCUAUCGCUGCACCAGUGGCUGCUGCCCCUCUCGCUCCUGUACCCAUCGGCGUUGGCAACUACCGAGGCCCACUAUCUCUCGCCCCUGGCCAACCCGCUAAUGUCUUAGCUGUCGAUGGCAGGCCUCUCGACACUCUUGAUGUCAACGUAGACCGUGCUGUUCACUACACCGCGAAGGCUUUGAAUGGUGUUCAUCUCCUGAAGAAGAGGUCCCUUGUGGCUCCUUGGGGUGCGCCGAUCGGUCUGCCUCUUGCCGCCCGUGUUGUAGCUCCUGCUCCCAUCGCCGUCGCCGCCGCAGCACCAGUUGCCACUUUGGGUUGGGGUCACGGUGUCCACCUGGGACACCUUUGG